AGCAGCUGCUGACACAGGAGAUCCUUGUACUCUGUAUCUAUCAUCUGUACCUCUGCAGCGGUGGGCCACAUCAGGAUUGUGAAAUAUGAAUCUUUUACUCUUUCUGGCUAUCCUUUUCUUGGGAAUGGCCUCGACUGCCCCAACCCUUGAUGCUCGUUUAGAUGAACAAUGGACCCAGUGGAAGGCAAAAUACAAGAAAACGUAUGCUCCGAAUGAAGAAGAAUGGAGGAGAUCUGUGUGGGAGAAAAAUAUGAAAAUUAUUGAACAGCACAAUCUGGAAUACAACCAAGGAAAACAAAGCUUCACAAUGGAAAUGAACGCCUUCGGUGACAUGACUGAAGAGGAAUUCAGCCAGAUGAUGAAUGGAUUUCUUAAACCAGAAGCACAAGACCGUGAAAAUCUAGCAGUAACCACACUUUCCUAGGUCUUCCAUAUCUGUGGAUUCAAGAGAGAAAGACCAUGUAACUUCAGUGACGAAAACCCUUAGAGAAUGUGAAGCCUUGCUGAUAUCUUGGUUUCUGAAUACUGGUGUCCAGAAUAUGAGAAAAUAAAUUUAUG